UUAUAUGUAGUUGAUAAUGGGUGUGGCGGGAGAAAGACCCAGUUCUUGAAUCAUCAUUUCGACCAUUGCCCAACACAAGACAACAUCAUUAGCACAAACCUCUGCUUGUCCGUUUCUCAUUUCAGACCUGCACAAGAGCACAAGAGAAGCCUCAUCUUCAACUCCCCUCUUGGUUUUUAACAAACACCAGAAGAAGCCUCAUCAUUAGACCUCCACCUUUUUCCAUCCCCAUAAAAAUCAUUAUACCCCUAAAAAUUUGGGCUUUGUUUAUGCAACACGCGCUUAUUUCCUUUCACAGCUAUAAACGGGUGGAUGGAUGUUCCUCACUACCAAAUGUGCUGAUAAAUGAUGAUGGUUCUAUAUAUCUGAUAACACUUGUCACCUUUUCAUUUUGCCAGCAGCCGCAUAUGAUGGACACCAUGGAAUCAUGCGUUCCACCUGGGUUCCGGUUUCAUCCUACGGACGAGGAGCUUGUGGGCUACUAUCUCAAGAAGAAGGUCGCCUCCCAGAAGAUUGAUCUUGAUGUUAUUAGAGACAUUGACCUGUAUAGGAUUGAACCAUGGGAUCUCCAAGAGAGGUGCCGGAUUGGUUAUGAAGAGCAGAAUGAGUGGUAUUUCUUCAGCCACAAGGAUAAAAAGUACCCAACUGGGACGAGGACCAACAGAGCGACGUUGGCUGGGUUCUGGAAGGCGACAGGCCGGGACAAGGCGGUGUACGAUAAGUCCAAACUCAUCGGGAUGCGAAAGACCCUCGUCUUCUACAAGGGCCGGGCGCCCAAUGGCCAGAAAACUGACUGGAUCAUGCACGAGUACAGGCUAGAAACCGAAGAGAAUGGUCCUCCACAGGAAGAAGGGUGGGUGGUCUGCCGAGCAUUCAAGAAGCGAACAACGGGUCAAAGUAAGAGCAUUGAAGGAUGGGACUCGGCCUACUUCUACGACGAACCCAGCGGGGUAAGCUCGGUUGUCGAUCCACUCGAUUUCAUUACGAAGCAGCAGCAGCAACAGAACUUCCUGGCCCAAAAUUUCAUCUGCAAGCAAGAGCUAGAAGCGGCAGAGAGUUUGAAUCAUUUUGUACAGCUCCCCCAGCUGGAGAGCCCGUCUCAGCUCCCAUUGCUCAAGAGGCCGAGCUCAUCCAUAUCUCUUAUAUCAGAACACAACGAUGAUUAUCAUCAACAACCAAGAGGGUGCAACAAUAACAAUGGCAGCAAGAAGGUGACUACUGAUUGGAGGGAUCUGGACAAGUUCGUGGCUUCCCAGUUGAGCCAAGAGGACAGAUACGAGGAACCAAGCUUCGGAGCAAAUAGUAGUUCGGACAUGGCGCUGCUGUUGUUGCAGAGUGGUAGGGGAGAAGCCAACGAGUUAACUGGGCUGUUGAGUUCGGGCACAGAGCGCGAUAUUGGAAUUUGCAUAUUUGAUAAAUAAGAGAGAUGGAAGAGGUUUCUCUAUUGCUAUUGAUGGUAUUAAGCUUUUCAUGUUUAAGCAGUACUGGAUAAUGUUGGAGAGUACGUACGUACGUUCGUUGUUUUUUGUAAAAACAUGGUGGUGUUGAUGAGUGAAGAAAACCUCUCUCAUGCACAUGCAAAUUCUAGAGUCUUUUUGAGAAGAAGAGGGUUUAUCAUCUGCAGAUCGAGGGUGACUGAUCAGAGGCAUGCCCAGGACAAAUACUACAAGAAAAAUGGACGGUGGUUUAUAGGCUUCUUGCAUGUAUUCAUCACUCGUUAAGUUUAUAUCUUCACUUUUUAUAAUAAUAUUUAAAUAAUAGUGAUUACAAAUUUUUAUCA